AUGAAAUCUUACGAACUGCUGAAAAGAUGUAGUCCUUCUUCACCUCACGAUUACUAUCAAAUGUUCUCUUCUCUUCUCUAUUUUUUCUCUGAUCAAUUUCAAAUUCAUUUGAAAACUCUCCUCAUAGUACUAAUCUUACAACUUGUUCUAUGCACGAAAUUGAAUACCAACGAAGAAUUAUUAGAACAAACUCGUGCUAUCGGCGGUGAAUCGUUAGAUACAUCGAACUUUGUUUUAUAUAUCGAUGAAAACAAAGCAAGAUUCAUCGAAGUACCCUAUGAAUUCAUGAAACAACGGAUCCAGGAUCAGAAAAUGUGGCGUCGAUGGUCAAUCAUGCUAAGUGUUCUAUGUUUCGUAUUCUUGGUCAUUCUAAUCGCUUAUCUUAUUCAUAAUUUUCGCACAUUAACCGGCCCGUUCUCUCUCUGUCGGAAGAAUGUUAAUGAAAAUCAAUCGGAUGAUAAAAUCAAUUCAUCGCAUACGAUCGAUUAUACUCAAACAAAUAAUCUUUCCAUGUACAAAACAGCAAUCGAUCCUCGUCAGGUUGUUUCCUUUCAAACUAUUCAUGAUGAAGAAUAUCUAAGCCAACAAGGGCCGUUUGGUUUGAUACAUUUCGAAAAAAACGAUACAUAUAUAGAUUGGGUACGCAUACCUGAAGAGAAUUAUAAACAAUGGAUUUAUGCGUUGAAGUUUUGGCGCACGUGUUCAAUUGCAAUCGGCCUGUUAUCAUUCGUUUUCGCUGCUCUGGUUCUUGCCUAUGUUAUUCAUGGUUUUCGUACAAAUUCCGCUGGUCCGUUCAGUUGUUUGGGCGAAGACGUCUCGAAUGAGAAAUUAGAUUUAUCACCCGGAAACAUCCCGGCUAAUCUUCAACAAUUAGCAUUACAACAUCAGUUAAGACUAGCACAACAGCAAGAACAAGAUGCACAACGACAAAAAUAUGAAGCCGAACGACGUCUAUCAGCAAUGUAUCGAAAUCCAACCACAUCGGCGUUGUUAACCACUCAAACACCGAUAAAAACUUAA